UAUAGGUAAAUGAAUGAAAUCAUUUAUCCGUUCAUUCGAUUUAGUCAUUUUAAACUUUUUGACUAGACUCUGUAAAAGUGAUUUUAUUCUGUUUUGUGUGUAUUCCAACUUUAACAUCGGCUUCGCAGUGUCAUAAAAAAACAAUAAUAAGUAUCAACCCUAUUAGACAAAAAAUUAUUAUAACUGUAUACGUGUAUUAAAGCUUUUGCAAUAAAAAAAACCUUUAAAAUGAUUAGCGGACGUGCUUUGCAUUUUGUUUUCAAAGUUGCCGAUAGAACCCUCACAGCCAAAUUUUACAGAGAUAUUUUGGGUAUGAAGGUUCUUCGCCAUGAAGAAUUUUCUGAGGGUUGUGAGGCAACAUGUAAUGGGCCUUACGCUAACAGAUGGAGCAAAACCAUGGUCGGUUAUGGACCAGAAGACACUCACUUUGUUGUUGAACUCACAUAUAAUUAUGGGGUUACACAUUAUGAGCAAGGUAAUGAUUUCCUUGGUCUCACAAUCCAGUCCAGUGAGAGUUUAAAAAGAGCAGCAGAUAAUAACUGGCCAGUAAAAGAACAGAAUGGUCUCAAAUAUGUAGAAGCACCUGGCGGUUACAAGUUUUACAUUGUUGACAAGCCUCAGCCAUCAAAUGGAGAUCCAGUAUUGAAGGUGGCGCUGGCUAGUUCAAAUCUGGCGAGGUCUAUAGCAUACUGGAAUGGUCUUCUAUCUCUAAAGGUCUUUGAGAAAACAGAUAAGAGUGUUGUCCUUGGUUUCAGUGAAGAUCAGGCGAAACUGGAAUUAGUUGAUAUUGGUGGACCAGUUAACAGAGCUAAAGCUUACGGCCGAAUUGCAUUCUCGUGUCCAUUCGACCAACAACCAAUCAUAGACAAAAAGGUGCAAGAAGCAAAGGAAACAAUCCUAACUCCACUCAUAUCAUUAGAUACACCUGGAAAGGCUACUGUGCGUGUGAUCAUCCUUGCGGACCCAGACGGGCACGAGAUCUGCUUCGUAGACGACGAGAGUUUCCGCCAAUUGUCCCAAGUGGAUCCAGCUGGUGAUGCCGAUCUAAAUAAGUAUAUCAAGGCGGACAAGUCGCGAGCAUAAACUUCGGAUUUAACACAAGUGGCAAAAUUUAUGUUUUAAACAUUAUUCCUAUUUAUAAGAAAAAAAUUUUUAAGCAGAAUCUAUGGCACCAAUCCAAAAUAGGAGAUAGUAUCUCUGGAUAUACGUUGUUACUGGAAAGGUGAUAACCACAUCAUAUUUUCUAUGUUUAUAAAUAAUACAUAAGUGUUAACAAUCGGAUAUUAAUGUAUAACAUUAAGGCUUUUGGUUUACUAUAAUUGGUGUGUUUACUUAUUCUUAUGAUAUUAUUUUUAAUUUAUUGACCUUCUUCAUUUUAUAACUUGUUUAAAAAUGUUAUGAUCUCCUAACAUUUUAUUGCAAAUUAUUAUUGGUUGUUACUUCCAUUGUAUUAUUUUUAUUAUUCUGUAACAAGGUUUCUCAAACUUAUAGCUCCACGUACUAAAGUUAUAUGGCUUAGGCUUUCUAUAUCACGGCGAAGCUCUUAGAAAACUGACUAUCUAUAGAACAAAUAAGGUGUUUUAUUAAAAAGAAGUACAAAAGAGCAAUACGUAAAUGAUAUUUCUUUUAUUUAAUCACUAGUACGAUUGAUGUGCUUAUUUUUAGCGCAAAUGGUAUUGAUUCUCAGAGAAAUUUUGCUUUAUUUCAAUUUUAAUUCAUAAUCAAAUCCUCUAAUUCGUCUUUUAUAUUACCCACUCUUACGUAUGCGAUUAACUGGUGAACCCUAUUUUGAGAAAUCCUGAUAUAGGUCAUAUAUAAAGUUUAUUUUCUUAAUUAGGGACUCUAAUUUUAUGACGCAGAACUUAUUUCACUUUGGCAUUCCAGUAGAUUAAAAAAUAAUGCUAAGUACAAGCAUUUCGAUUAAUUACUGCACUAUUGUUUAGUAUUAUUACUGUUACAAGCUUCAAUACAUUCAUAUUAAAUAAUGUUAAACCA